CUUGCUUGGCAGCUGUAGCGUCGGCGGCGUUCUUUUCAUUUCACUGCAAAAUUACCAUGGCUUCUUUCACUCAAUGGGUCUUGUCCUUGGGCCACAGGCUCCUCCCAAUGCCGCGCUUGUUGGACGCAGCCUCCAAUACUGCGAUUGACAUAGUCAAGACGGGUGAGAAUAGGAGACCACGAUUCGAAGACCUUCCCCUUAACCCGGAAGAUCCUGCAUGGUCUGCAUGGGGCCUGUGGGGAGCUGACGAUGAGCUUGGGACGUUGAACUUGCUCACCGAAGAGACAACCAAGAACGCCUCGGAGGAGAUCAAAGAGGGUAUUGUGAUACCGCUAAAUCUGCCAAUCGAGGCUCCUCUGCUUCCCAUGAACCCUGCGAGGAAGCCUUGCAACCACAACAUCCUCAACAAAGGAUACGCCAACGACGACGAGCUAGAUUUUAAUACACAAAGUUCUAGCCAUUGGGAUGGGCUUCGACACUAUCCCUACCAGAACUGCGAUGUGCCAAAAUACUACAACCAUGCGGUCCAAGAUGACUUUACUGGUCCACGGGCGAGCUCUCGCAUCGGAAUACAGAAUAUGGCAAGACGAGGAAUUGUUGGCCGCGGUGUUUUGCUUGAUUGGCGUGCCUACGCAUUGCGCAAGGGAAUUCAGUACUCGCCAUUCGAACCACACGCUAUCCCGUUGAGCCAACUGCUUGAAGUGGCAGUGGAACAGCAUGUUACAUUCCGCAAGGGCGACAUUCUAAUCAUUAGAUCUGGCUGGACCGAGGAAUACAUGCUUCUGACCACCCAGCAGAAGAUUGACCUAGCGAAACGCAACGUACGAGCAUUUGUCGGCGUCCAGGGCAACAAGGAAAUGAUUAAAUGGCACUGGGACAAUGGGUUUUCGGCCGUUGCCGGCGACACAAAUGCGUACGAAGCAUGGCCGCCCGCGCGAGACGACGGUGUGUGUUGUCACGAGGUCUUCCUGAGCGGCUGGGGAAUGCCCAUUGGUGAGGUUUGGGACUUGGAGGAGUUGGCGAAGACUUGUGAGAAGCUGGGACGAUGGACGUUUUUCCUCACCAGCUCUCCAUUGAACUUGGAGAAUGGCGUUGCGAGUCCGUCAAACGCGAUAGCAACUUUUUAGACGACAUUAAAUGGGAUGGAUAUACGUCCAAA